AUGCUCCUGCCCCGCCUCCGCCUCCGCCAGCGGCAUCGCCCCCUGCAGUCUGUCCUCCCGCGGCCAUGCAAUCGCCGUCCUCGCCGAGGCCGCGUCGUCGGUGGGCGGACCCUGCUCACCGUCGCCAUCGAGUCGUCAUGCGACGACACCGCCGUGGCCGUCCUCUCGCACGCGCCGCCCUCCACCGCGCUCCUCUUCAACGAGCGCAUCUCCUCCGAUAACCGCGCCUUCAAGGGCGUACACCCCGUCGUGACCGUCCGGGGCCACAACUCGUCCCUCGCGCCGCUCGUCCGGCGAGCGCUCCAGCACCUCCCCGACGCCUCGCCGUCCGCUCCCUCCAUACAGAUCCCCCCGCUCUCCUCCGCCUCCGGAGCGCCCCUGAGGAAGCAGCGGCCAGACUUCGUGUCCGUGACCAGGGGCCCCGGGAUAAUGGCCAACCUGGCAGUGGGGUUGAACAUGGCCAAAGGCCUCGCCGUCGGAUGGGACGUGCCGCUCCUCGCCGUCCACCACAUGCAGGCCCACGCGCUGACGCCGCGGCUCGCGAGGGCGCUGGGGACGGGAGCAAGCGACGCGGGCGACGGCGGCAGCGCGGGCCCCGAGUUCCCGUUCCUGUCGCUCCUCGUCUCGGGCGGACACACGCAGCUCGUGCACUCGACGGGGCCGGCGGCGCACCGCGUCGUCGCCGCCACGGGCGACAUCGCCGUCGGCAACCUCCUCGACCAGGCGGCGCGCGUCAUCCUCCCCGCCGACGUCCUCGGCGCCAGCCCCGACGUCAUGUACGCCCGCCUCCUCGAGUCGUUCGCCUUCCCGCCGGCCCCGGACGGCCCGCCCGACGCGCAGUACGCCUUCUUCGAGCCGGCCGCGUCGCGCUCCGACGAGAUCGCCCCCCCGCCCACCGGGCACGCCUGGGACGUGCCGCUGCCGCUGCGCAACUCGCGCCGCCUCGCCUUCUCCUUCUCCAGCAUCCACACGCGGGUGCAUCGCAUCGCCGCCGCCAGCCCCGCCAUGGCCCUCGCCGAGCGUCGCUCGCUGGCGAGGCACACCAUGCGCGCCGCCUUCCAGCACCUCUGCUCGCGGCUGGUCGUCGCGCUCCAGGACAGGCCCGAGCUGCGGCCGGCGGCGAGGACAAUCGUCGUCUCGGGAGGCGUCGCCUCCAACAAGUUCCUCCUGCACGUCUUGAGGGAGACGCUCCGCGUGAGGGGGUAUCCCGACGCCGAGAUUGUGGCGCCGCCCGUCGAGCUCUGCACCGACAACGCCGCCAUGAUUGCGUGGGCCGGCGUCGAGAUGUUUGCCCAGGGGUGGUGCUCGGAUCUGGGCGUCCUGCCGCUGGGCAAGUGGCCCAUGGACCUGGACGCCGGCCGCGACGGAGACGGCAUACUGGGUGUCGGGGGCUGGACAAGGACAAGGAGAGAGGAACGUUGA